UCGGGACUCCUUCGAAAACACUUAUCCUGAGUUUAAAAGGUGGCAAAAACGCAAGUCGGAGAUUAUUGACAGGAUGCUCAUUGCUGACGUGAGCUGUCAGUAGGCCGCAUGUUGCGGUGGUGCUCUCAACUGCGAAUUCAGAAUCAGUCAUCGCAGGGCAUCCUUCUGCUUUGGUAUAGGCUAGGCUUCUCAAUACACGGCGGGUUGGAGUCGCCUAUGGAAGGCAGUAGCGGAGCGCACACAGUCCUGCCGGUCCACUGGGCGCCUACCCGCGGCAGCCUGGUCAAGAUGGCGGAUAGGGAAUUAGAAUACAAAGCGAAAUAUACGGCUUUGAAAGCCCGCUUGCGAGAGGAGGAGAAGACGUUCGAGCAGCUUCUCUCCCAGUUAACGAAACUAAAGAGCGAUGUUCGUCGCUUGAAGCUAGAACAAGGGCUGUGGAGGGAGUCAGAAAGCCCCCCGAGACACGGAGGAGAGCGAGCCCGGGAAGGCGACGCGAGAUCAAAUGGCAAUCACAAUCGAAAUGGAUGACACAAUAUUCAGUCAUGCAUAUCCUACUCGAAAGUAACUCGGGAUAUAUGGGAG